AGUAGGUAAUCUCAUUGUCAGAGGCGCAGAGUCUUUUGUACAGUGAGACAGAAACCCUUCCGAUUCACAGAGAUCAGCUUAAACUCAAGCUGGCAACCACGUGGAUUUUUGGUGGAUAUUUGGUGAAGUUGCGGAUCCAAGUGAUUUUAUCCAUGUAGAUUCCACGUGUCAACAUCCACACCUGUUGGAUCAGCAUGAUGGGUUGUAAUGUGUUUCUUCUGCUGAAACUUCUACUGAUUUCAGAGUUUCACAGUCACUGUUCAUGCCUUUCACAUCAGUACCAUUUUGUAAACAUAAACCUGACCUGGACUGAUGCCCAGACUUACUGCAGAGAGAACUACACUGACUUGGCUACCAUUGACAAUAUGGAGGAAAUGAAAAGACUAACUGAGUCUGUAGGCUCUGAUUAUACUGGAGAGGCCUGGAUAGGACUGAAGAAUGGAACAUCAUGGAGAUGGCAGUGGUCCUCUGGAGAAGGAGGCACAGGGUACACCAACUGGGAUACGGGUGCAAAGUACAACCAGAAUAGUGGCAAUUACUGUGUUGGGAUGAAAGACACCAGCGAUUGGAAUAAUAUUCCCUGUUCAUAUCAGAGUAAGACGGGGUAUUUCAUCUGUUAUACUGAUCUCACCUGUAAAGACGGAAUAAAUGCUACCUGGAACUUCACCUUGAUUAAAGAAAAUAUGAAUUGGUCUGAUGCUCAGAGCUACUGCAGACACAAUUACACAGACCUGGCGACUGUGAGGAAUAAAGAAGAUAAUGCCUUGAUACAUGCAAUGUUUCAGAAAGGCACUUUUGUGUGGAUUGGCCUGUUCCGGGACACAUGGGAAUGGUCAGACCUGUCAAACUCCUCAUUCCGUAACUGGAAAAUGGGUCAAAAUGAUAAUAAGAAUAAUGCAUGUGCUUUAGCACAGGUCACCUGGCCUGGGACAUGGGAUAUGACACCAUGUGAUGAAAAGCAUCCAUUCUUAUGCUAUGAUGAUAACCUCAUUCUGGUAAACAGAACCAUGACCUGGAAUGAAGCCCUGAAUUACUGCAGAACAAACUAUUUGGACCUGGUGUCUGUCCACAAUGAGGAGAUCCAGUACUGGGUCAGUAGGAUGGCUGAGAAGGCCUCCACUGAUCAUGUCUGGCUGGGGCUGCGCUUCUCCUGCUACCUGAACUUCUGGUUCUGGGUCAGUGCAGAGAAUGUCUGCUACCAGAACUGGGCCCCAAACAACACAUCCAACAGUAACUUGUGUGGAACCACAGGGGCAGUACAAUCUAAAGACCCACAUUACUGGGUCAGCCUGCCUGAGACUAAGGAGCUCAACUUCAUCUGCUCCAAAUAUCCAAGGAUGGCAUAUGUGCAUGAGGCAGAGAACAACCCAGGAUGGGGCACCACCUCAUUACAGGUCACACACGGGCAAUUUCAUAACUCUAAUCAGCCUCAGCAUGUUUUUGGAUUGCAGUGACUUGAACCCAGACCCUAGAGGUGUGAGACAACAGUGCUACCCACUGCACCACCAUGCCACCCCCAUCAGUAAUGCCUGAUUUAUAAAUUAUUGGUUGAAUCAAAUUGUGCCAAAUCACAAUGAAUCACAAUAGAGGUGAAACAUAUUGUAUUGCAUAAGUUGUUGCUUCAUAUGUAUCUUUAAUGUAUCAGAUCUUCAGCAAUGUAUCAAGAUGCUCGUCCCUAAUUUGUGUGCAUUUUGUAGUUAAACAGCAGUAAACAACAAGCUCAGUAAUGUCUUCUGAAUUAUAUUAGUUAUAUGUCAUAUGUUUAGUGCCAGGAAGCUGCUAAAUAUAUAACUGA